GGGUCACGUGACCCAACAGCAUCCUUCCAAACAGCUGUGAGAGAGCACGCGCAAAGCGCACAGUCAGUCAGCUUUUAGGAGGGUACACGAUCGGGAGAAAAUGGGAGUGGAGAUUGAGACCAUAACCCCCGGCGAUGGAAGGACUUUUCCCAAAAAAGGACAGACAUGUGUGGUGCAUUACGUUGGCUCUCUGACAGAUGGACGGAAAUUCGACUCUUCCCGUGACCGUGACAAGCCAUUUAAGUUCAAGAUUGGUAAACAGGAAGUUAUCCGUGGCUGGGAGGAAGGUGUUGUGCAGAUGAGUGUGGGCCAAAGAGCAAAGAUAACCUGUUCUCCCGAUUAUGCCUAUGGUAAUAAAGGCCAUCCUGGGAUUAUUCCUCCAAAUGCAACCCUCAUAUUUGAUGUGGAGCUUCUCAGUUUGGAGUGAUUUAAAAUGCUUUACCGACUUUUCAUGGUUUUGUACAUUAUUUUGUUUUACCAUAAGGAAGCUAAUGCAGUAUGAACACUUGAAUUCCUAGCUGCCAAUUCUUGUCAGAAAUGGCCGUCAGUGUAUUCUAUAGUUUUCUCCCUAUUUUAGUUGCUAGCAGGAUCAGUAUUUAAUAAACCUCCCACAUUUGACCUUCGUCUAUCAUCGUUUUAUGUAUAAAUGACUAAUCUAGUAUCAUUUUAAUCCAGCACUCUUCAUGCGCCGAGGAUAGGAUGUCACAAAAAUCCUUGAUCUUGAACCUUUAUACUUCCAAUCUCCUCGACUCUUUCACACACUGGUGUUUGUUGGCCUCAGUGAUGAUAAUGGAGCAGUAACAUUAGUUCAGUGAUUAAAGAAAUGUGCAAAAAUCAUUCAUUUAUCAACUUAAUAUUGCAAUUUAAGAUAACUCAGGCUGACUGAUAUAACAUAAUGUUACAGCUAUUUCUGAGAACACUUUUCCUUCUAUUUUAUAAACAUUAAGCUAAUUAGAAAGAAAAUGGCACUGUAUUCAUUGGUUUAACGUUUAGUAGUUGAAAGUUAACACAUUAGGCACAGAAGCAAUGCAUGGAUGCCUUUCUUAAUGCUUGUAAGGAUCUGCAGCCAUGUUUUGUUGUUGUAAUCUGUCAACCUGUUAUCUUAACAAACAAUUAGCCUGCUAACCCACGGAACAGAUGGGCACUCUUAGUUUUCAUAGAUAAAAGAUGCCUGAAAUACUAAAUAGAUUGUGGCUUCUUACUAUUGUUUUGACUCGCUCUACCAUAUUUGUCUCAUACUGUUUGCAAAUGAAAUCUAUAUAAUUUGAGGUGCCAUAUUUGCAUAUUUUUCGUUGUUGAUACAUUGCAGAGACCGCAACAAAACUAUUUAGCUUGAACAUAAUAAUUACGUUGUUAUUAAACAUACUUGAGGCGAUGCUGACAAUUACAGACUCAACCAUCAAACAUGUGGCUUUUAUAUUUUUUACUGCAAAGUAUAUUGAUGUGUUGUCUUACAGAGGCAAAACAAAUAAAGGAAUAAAAAAUCA